UCCCAAUGUUUUUUUCAGUGCAAAUGAACUCAUUUUCACGCCAAGAAAUGCUCUCCUAAACGUCGCCAGGCGAAUUCCGGAGAACAGAUUACGUCAUAACUCUUUCCUUCUCGUCAUUCCUUGGCAUCAGGAACGGUCCGGGUAGACUCCGGAAAAUUUUCUUCGAAUCUUCCUCACCAGAAUACACCCCUGACGAUUGAAGUGGUGGUAGGUUGAAGUUCCCUCAUCUAGCGCCGCAUAGCGAUUGCAUCCCAAAAUUUGGCGCCGCCAGUGUUCUACAAGCAGCAAGAUCGAUCCGACUGCAGCAGAGAUUCGAAGCACCUGGUGAAGAAGGACGCUCAGGGCCGGAUACUUUUUCCCCCAUGGCGAACAAAUGACACAGAUACCUGAUUGCCGGAUAUGCGGCACAUGCUGUGAGGGGUCCAAAUGUGGGCAGUUCUUGUCCUGACAGUGAUGGGUAUUCAGGUGGCGUCUAGUUUUCAAAUUGGAGCCUCAGACAACAAGUUUCUUGGCUUCUCCGACAAACAGAUCUUAGAUUAUUUACUUGAUAAAAGUAAAUAUGACAAGCGCAUGCGGCCCGUAGAUAAAACUGUUGUGAAUGUGACUGUCCUCUUGUUAACCCUCUCUUCUCCGGAUGAAUCUAGUUUAAAAUACGAAGUAGAAUUUCUUCUCCACCAAAAAUGGUACGAUCCCCGGCUGAAGUUCGACGACGCUGGAAAACAUCGUUACCUGAAUGGUCUUUUGCACACAGAGAACAUAUGGCUGCCCGACACUUACUUCAUCAAGCACGGAGAGUUCAAAUAUCCCCUGAUACCUGUACACAUAGCGCUCAGGAUCUACCCAAACGGUUCUGUGAUAUAUUCCAUGAGGCGUAGCAUGGUAUUGAACUGUCAGGGAAAUCUUCACAUUUUUCCUUUUGACAAUCUUAAGUGUCCCUUUGCUUUAGAAAGCGUUUCUCACGAAAAUAACGAAGUGGAGCUUCAAUGGUCAGAAACAGAGCAAAGAAUAACGGGAGCCACCUCCCUUCGACAACAAAAUGCCUAUUUAGUAAAAAAUGUUACCGGUGAAUGCGGGACACAGCAUACGUGGAGAGGAAAUUACAGCUGCUUACGAGUACUGCUGGUUUUCACGCGAGACAAGUCCUUCUACAUAAGCACCGUUUUUGUUCCGGGCGUCGUUCUGGUGACAAGCUCCUUCAUCAGCUUCUGGCUGGACAUAAACGCCGUGCCCGCACGGGUUAUGAUUGGUGUCACAACUAUGUUGAACUUUUGCACUACUACUAAUGGCUUCCGUUCCACUCUACCGGUCGUUUCCAAUUUAACGGCCAUGAAUUUGUGGGAUGGCGUGUGUAUGUUUUUCAUCUAUGCCUCCAUGCUGGAAUUCAUCAUCGUCAAUUACUUGUAUCGAAAGCUGCCUGGUACUUCUGGUGGUCGUCCAGUUUCGGCGCCCGUGCCUGAAUCCCUCAAGAACCCGUCCCUUGCCCAGACCAACAGCCGCCGAGUCUUUUCGGACACCAACGUCCAGCAGCCGACCCAGCCUCAGCAGACGCCUGCAACGACCCCGAACGCCGUCCUUCCCCCAGCUGCCACAGAACCCCCUGCAGCUCUGAACCAUAGGCUGCAGAGUGACAAAGCUAGGGCCGCUGCUUCUGUUUUUGCAUGGCUCAGACGUCCUCAGCUAUUUGUCACUCCCGAUAGUCGCAACAGGCAGAGACUUGCUAAACAGAUUGACAACGUAUCGAAGGGCGUCUUCCCCUUGCUCUUUGGCAUCUUCACGGUCGGCUUCGUCCUCACUUUCGCCGUCAUCAAGCCAUCGCAGCAGGAGAAUUUCAUACUGCUCUAGCAACAGAAAGAACAAACCUCUAGUGGCCUUCUUCUUUCUUCUUCCUAUCGCUUUCCGAAAUAUUCUUUCAUUUUUUAUUACUACUUAUUUUUUGGCUUCCUUCCAUGCAAUCUUUGUGCCUCUUCCGUAAGGUGAUCAGAUCCGACAUUUUUGUACCUACCUUCACAGACAGAAACUUUGUGCAUUUUAAUACAUUGGGAUAUUUAAUAUUUUAAAACGUGCAAAUAAUAUUGACAAACAUUUCUUAAAACUACACCACAAUCGUCAUGAACAUUAAUUUUUAGAUCGAAAUAAAAGUUUUUAAAAGAAAAUAAAUAAAUUUCAAUAACGGAAAAACUCGCUUAACAGUAAAACUUUUUCAUUAACAUGUUUGUGCCAUAAAUUCUAGUCAAGACGCAUUUCGAAUUAUUGCAAUUAAAGUU